AUGGCGGCCGCAAGCAGCGGCGAACGCGGCGAAAGCAAUCGGCAAUUCUCGGAGCUGUCAAAGUUGCCGAGUGACGAUGCGUCCUUUCCCGUGCUUUCGCGUGGGAAAAGAAAAAGAGCAACGAUAACAAUGGAUUUGAACAAACUCUUCACGAAUAGCCAUGAAGCGAAGCGCUUUAUCAUUGCGGAAAGCCUCGAGAAGACGGACUUCUUAAGCAUCUCGUGCUUCAAGGUGAAGAGAACUCUCGACACUGUCUGUGGAAAAAUCCCUCACUUCCAGCCCCUGUCCAAUGGAAGUCUGUUGAUUCAGGUCAACAGUAUUGAACAGGGCCGGAAAAUGACGGAAAUUAAUGAAAUCGAUGGCAAAAAAGUGAGAUUUUCUUGGCAUCCUUUCCUGAAUCAGAGCAAAGGCGUCAUCUCAUGUUUUGCAUUUACGAAAUUCGCUGAUGAGGAACUGAAAAAGGAACUGGCAGCUUUCAAUAUCACUGAAGUGAAGAGAAUAAAAAGGAAAAUCGUCGAGGAUGGGAAAUUGGUGCUCAAAGACACCGGGUCGUUUAUAGUGACCUUCAACCAGCCAGAACUUCCCAAGACAAUCAAUGCUUACUACCACGCAUUGAACAUCAAGCCAUAUAUCCCCAACCCGAUGAGGUGCCAGAAAUGUCAAAGAUAUGGUCAUCAUGACUCAAAAUGCAGAGGAAAAGAAGCAAUCUGUGGAUCCUGUUCCCAAAUCAAACACGAUGGAGAAUGUACACAUCCAGUAAAGUGCACCAGUUGCGGUGAGGGACACGUUUCUUGGUACAGGAAGUGCAGAGUAUUCCAAGAGGAAUUUGAGAUCCAGAGAAUCCGAGUGAUGACAAAAGUGUCAUAUAUUGCAGCCAAGAAGGAAUUCAAGGAGAAGAAGAGGAUGUACUCCUCUUUUGCCAACGUCGUGUCUAGCAACUCCCGGGUUUCUCCAGACAAUAGUGGCAAUAGAAAACCCCCAGCGCAAUAUCCUAGAAAGCUUAUUCAGGGUGAGCACAUGGAGAAUGAGUCCAUUGGAAACUUGAACAACAAGGCAACCGGAAUUGCAUUCAAAUCCAGAUCAUCUGAGGGACCUUAUGUAACCGACACUGCAGAAGCGGAGAGAUCUAGCCCAUUCAUCUUCCAUGGAAAGACGAAUACCCAGCCUGAAACAACUGAGAAAAGGACAGAGCAUCACUCUGCACCAAUUCCUUCCGACUCCGGAUCCGGAGAUGGCGUCCCUCAGAAGGGCGCCGGUAUUGAAGAAACGAUGCGGGAGACAGCAAAUCUACUUGCAUCAGCAAAUAAGGUAUUAUAUAAUAGUGAUUCAGACAUGGAUGAUCCAGACACACGCUAA